AGCUUGGUAGAUAAUAACUCAACUUCUACAAGUAACUCUAGCACUCCAAGAUCAACAAGUGAUAAUGACGAUGACGAUGGCUCAACAACACAAAUGACUGCAACAGACGAAGCUUCAUGUACUCCAUUAUCAUCAUCACCAGACUCUGAACCAGAAGAAUUAUCCAGACGUGCACGUAGAGCAAGUAAACAAUUAAAGUCCCAUGCAAGUGUUUUAGAGCAUGAAAAAAAUAAACAAAAAAUACAUAAUCAAUAUGAUAUAAUAAAAGAAAACUGUAAUGAAAGAACAUCAAUUGGUUCAACUAUUUCAGAUUUAUCAACAAUAAGCAGUGGUGUUUGUUCAGCAAGUAUGGAUAAUAAUCGUAAUAGUACAAGUUGUGUUCAGAAAAUAAAUAAUAAUGAAAUUAAUAAUAAUAGUAAUAAUGAUUGCAAUAAUAAUCAAAACAAUAAUAUAAUUGAUGAAAAUAAUAUCAACAGUAAUAAUUUAUCAAACAAUAGUAACUCCAAUAGUGCCAACCCAUUAAAUUCAUCAACAUCAAGUACAAAUUCUUAUAAAUCAAAUAUAAUAGCAUCAAAACCAAGCUCUGAAAAAUCAUGGGAAUUGCCUUCCAACCUGACAAUUGAAAAAUGUAAAGAAUUAGCAUCAAAAGAUAAUGAAUUUGUUUUAUCAAAUCUUAGUUCCAUUCAAAAACAAUUGCAACAACAACCAUCAUCACCUAAUGCAUCAUCAGUUUCAUCAUCCUCAUCACCAACUGCUUCGUCAGCAUCAGCCUCAUCAUUAUCAAAUUUAACUCAGCAAGAUGAUAUUGAAAUUGAAAAAUAUGAAAAAAAAAUGAAAGCUAGUAAUGACACAUUGGUUAUAAUAGAAAUUUUAAAACAGUUUAACCUUGGUUUCGAUAUGAUCGAUAAUGAUUGUGGUAGCGUCGAGUCAUUAUUUGUUGCAGAUGUCAUAGAAAGAAAAACCUUUUUAUUGGCAAAGAAAAUGUUAUUUUUAAAAAUGGAAAUGAACAAACCAAACAUAAGCGAAAAAAGAACUUUUAUUAUAUAUACAAUUAUUUCAACCGUUGCCCAAUUCCUCUCAACUGGAAACCCUCCAUCCGAAAUUACUUCAAUUCCAUUCGAAAUGACUAUAUCUUUAGGCCAAUCAUCAAGUCUUUUACCACAUAUUAACAAUCAAAUUUAUAAAAGAGGGCCAUUAAUAAAAAAAAAAACAAGAUCAUUAGGAAGCAAAUUUUCAAAUAAAUGGGUAGUUUUAUCUCAUUCAGAGCUUUUAGUAUAUUCAAAUGAAAAGGAAGAACAAAUAUUAAUAAAAAAACCUUUAAAUGAAAUAAGUUCAAUAGUAUUAACACCAUUGGUUAAAGAGGGCUAUAGCAAUGCAUUUACAAUAUAUUUUUCGAAUCAAGAUAAUAAUGAAAUUACAGAAGAGUGGAAUUUAAGUACAGGAAGUUUAACAUCAUUGGGUUCAAAUAACCAAUUGUCAACUAGUAACAGUAGUAAUGGAAGUAAUAAUUCGAAUACUAAUAAUAAUAAUGCCAAUGGUAAUGGUAAUAAUAGUAAUAACACUACAAAUAACAAUGUAAAUAAUAUAAAAAAAUCAAAUAAUAAACAAAUUGUAUUUUGCUCCGAAAGUCAAGAGGAUAUGAUAAACUGGGUAAUGGCGAUUGAUGGUGUUUCAAAUUCAAACUUUAAAUCAACAAUGGAUUUGUUACAAAAAGAACAAUUUUUAAAUUUAAAUAAGAAAAAUCAUAAGGGUGGUUCAUUUAGAUUUGGCGAAGAAGAAUGGAUCUACUGUGAUGGUAAACUAACAAAUAAUUGCUGGAGUGAACCUUUGGAAUAUCUAUGGGAUGGUUGCACUUUGGUUGCUUCAUCAGAAUCAAAGACUCAUAUGGGUAAAGGAAGAUGGAAUGGCGUCUGGUUAACAUGGUAUAGUGAAGAAAAAAUAAAAGAGCCUUACCUUAAAUACUUAUAUCAACCUUCAUUAAAGCAAUUUACUUUCGAUAGCUUCCCCAUUAGAAACCAAUUCUCUUGGACAUUAUCAAGACACUUUUUAGUUUCUUCAUCAGGCCAAGCCGGUGGAGAAUGGAUUAUUGAAGGCGAUGUUCCACCGGCUCUUGUAAUGUUGGUCCAAAUGAUGAAGUAUUAUAGAGCAGGAAAAUAAAUAAAAAGAAAAAAUAAUUAUAUAUAUACAUUUGUAUUUUUGCGCAUAAAAUAAUAAAAAAAAAAAAAAAUUAAUCAUUUAUUGUAUAGUUAUAGUAUAAAAAAAAAGAGUUAAAAUAAAUAUUAAAAGUUAACAAUAAUUAUAAUUGUUAGUUUUAAUUGUUUAUUUGUUUUUUUUUU